AUGGACGAGACAGCUCGUGGAGGCGAUGAUCUCCUCUCUGGCGGCGGCGGCGGCACCGUUCGCGAUGAUCCAGGUGACGUAGCGGCUAGCGAAUCCAGGCAGGUGAAUGGUUUCUUGGCCAGUGCAAAGGCGGCUCUAUCUCCCGCUUGCGCUUCUCGACCGGUGGUCAGGUACCGGAGAGGCGAGCUCUUGAAGCUGAGGUUCUCCGACGAGCGAUCUUGCGAGAAAUGGCUGCAAAUUUGCGAAGCACUUGGCGAUGUAGCUUUGGAGCUUGAUAGUAUCUUCACUCACAACGAUCAGGAGCACUUCGAUUGGAGGUAUAGCCACACCUUGCAAUCAGCUGAGAAAAGUGAGGAUGACGUGAACCUGGAGGAAGUGGAGUAUUACUCUGAUAGCAGCGAAGGUGAAGGCCUCCGAAAGCCAGCAUUAUACGUGGAAGGGGAGCCGGAUUUCGACUCGGGACCUCCUCAAGACGGCUUCGAGUUUUUGCGUCGUGUGAGGUGGGAGGAGGCACGGUGUGAGCGGGUUAAGGUGGCGGCUGUGUCUGCAAGUAAGCUUUGCUGCGAACAAACAGCGUACAUGCCAGAUAUUCCUCCGAUUGCACACUGUGACCCGGAGUUACUGCCAUUAAGGAGCUGGGAAGCCGAGUUUGUUUCGGACUUCUCCAAACUACGGCUGAAACUGCUGUCGGACAUUCCUUCCGGUGAGGCCUGCUGUCAGAAAAAACUCCCGCACUUCAGGGACAGAGAUGCCUGGAGAGUUUACUGCUUCGGGACUGAAAGCAGAAGCUCGGACAACGAUAACGGGGAGACUAGCGAUUACGAACAAGAGCAUACCGGCCAGCUGCCGUCUCUGAGUACUCUCCUCAGCAUGGACGAGGUGUCCCGUGCAACUCUCUUGCGCCAUCACAUCUCGUGGCUCGACGACCUGGAGAACUUGGCGGAGGAGCGUGCGUUAUGGCUCUACGCUCUUUCGGCGGUGGUGGACGAGCCCCUGGACCUGGACACGAGUGCCGCUGUCCGGGAACUACUAAGGAAGUGCGCUCUCAUCAGGGCCUCGAGGAACUUCCGUGGAGAGCGAGAGCUUGAGAUGCUCAACAUCAUAAUUACGAUAGCAGGGAACUAUUUCGGCCAGGCUGACAGGUGAUCCAGUUGCGGAAGGUGGGGGCUCUUUACGACACCCCUGGAUUGGACAUGGCGUGGCAGCCUUUGCAUGAGACAAGUCGGGAGAAUGCUAUUACAGAGAUGGAACUGAGAUCUCGGGGGAUCGCCAGCGGAGUUGAAGGGCGGACAGAAACAAAACAAAGGAGAGAACAGGAAAAAAAAUAAAGAGAAGAGGAGAAACAAGCCAGUGGGCCUGCUGCAAGCUGGUUUAUGAUAAGGACGCGAGAAAGGUAUCAAGUGGGGGUUGCGUGAUUACUCACUCGUUGCGCGAGCUGGAAGAUCUCUAGUACGGAAGUUGGGGGUCUUGUCUCGACACUGGAUCGAGGGGAUUGGAUUGAAUGGGAUUGAGGCCGAGUUAACGACACUGGUGGAGAGGAAAGCAAGCAAGCAAACAGGGAAAGCAAGCAAAGCAGGGAAUUGACAGUCUCCAACAGGGACACCACAGGCACAGGCACGAUUAGCAGAGUUUUUUUUUUUUUUCUUCUUACUUUUGUACUGGGGCCUGGACCCGCAUGGACGCGAUGAUUGGGAGGGAGAGCACUGUGAAAGGCUGAAGAACUGUGAAAGAUGGUCGAGGGUCCAUCCUGCACAUGGAAAUGCACAUGGCUGGCCGGGAGAGAAAAAAAAAAAAAGAUCACGAAACAGAAAACGUACGAGAUUGGCACGCUGGAUUACGGAAAGAAAUGUGAUCGCUACCGUCAUGAGCUGCUUAAGUACGAAUGGAUUUUUGCGGGGAUCUAGCGGGGAGGUGCGAGUUGUGAGUACUGCAGAAGUUCUUCUCUCUCUUUUUUUAAAAGAGAUCCUUUUGUGUACAUGUAAUUUUGCUUUGCUAGUUUUGGACUUAGUUUUUGGUAAUGUUUCCGGGUCCCAAGCAUUGAAUUUCUCCUC